AUGAGUGUGGGUGGACUUAAGGUGAAGUUAAAUCGUAAAAAGACAAUUAUCACUAGGGCAGGGCAUUCAAAAUUGGUGGGUAGGAAGUAUGCAAGUGCACCAAAGUUCCGUUCUAGUCUGCAAGUUGGCACAAUUCUGAUUUUGUUGUCUGGCAAGUUCAAAGGCAAGCGUUGCGUGUUGUUGAAGCGAUUAACCACUUCAGGAUUGUUGUUAGUUACAGGCCCAUUCCUAGUUAAUGGGAUUCCCCUUCGGCGUGUAAACCCUAGAUAUGUUAUCGCGACCAGUACGAACGUAUUCAAUCUCGAAGGGAUUGAGGGAGAAAAGGCCAAACAGUCACUGGAAGCGGUGAUAUCCAAAUUCGAAGAUAAAGACUUUCAAAAAACCCCUGCAAUGAAGAUGGCUGAGAGGAAUUCCAGGAGGAAUAAGAAAGAUUCCGAUGAUAUGUUCAUAGACGAAACUAAUGUCAGUGACAACAAAGUUAUUACUUCGGAGGAGCAGAGAAAGAGACAGGAUUUGGUGGACAAUGCUAUAACCCCUUUUUUGUCAAAAGUGCCACUUUUGGUGCAGUAUUUGAAGACAAGAUUUAGUUUGAAGAGUGGGAUGUAUCCUCACUUGUUAAAAUUUUAA